UCACUAUCAAUGAAUUGGAGUGAAAAUUUUUUUUUUUUUUUUUGAAAAUGAAUCACCAACAAAAGUUUGAAUACAAUCAACCAGAUUAAUUUUUUGCAUUGUUUCUCUCAUGUGGUACGUGAAAAUCACACACACAAAAAAUGAUCAUGAUGAUGAUUUGAGAAUGGCGAAUUUCAUCGAAAAUCGCACCACUCAAAACACACACACACACACACGGUCAUUUUGGUUAAUAAUAUAAUUAUUACAUAAUUUAUCUAUUAUGAUGAUUCAUGAAUAAUUGAAUAUAUGGAGCGAAGAAGAAGAAAAAAUUUCAUUCGAAAAUGGUCAUUGUUUUUGGUAUAUUUUGAAAGCCAGAGGUCGUCGUGGUUGCCAUAGAGAAUUGGAAGAAAUUCAUACACGGUAUUCAUAUUGAUUGGCAAAGAAUAAAGUUUCUGUUUCUGUCUUCUUAUUUUUUUGUUAUUCAAAUCAAUCAAUAAAAACAACAACAACAACAAAAACACCAACAACAACAAUUGUGCCAACUGUAUAACAAGCAAACCAACAACAUAUACAUCUAAUUUAAGAUUCACAAAUGGCAAAUGUCUGAUAGAGUGGCAAUAAAAAUAAAUCAUAAUCAUAAUCAUAAUCAUCAUCAUCACCAUAAUCAUAAUCAUCAUGCGAAAUAUAUCGCCAAUGGAUAUUAAAGAAAUUGAAAAUGUUUUUGUCAGCGUUCGUAUACGACCAUUCAAUCAACGAGAAAAAAAACGUUCAGCCAAAUCAAUAGUAUCGUUGAUUGAUUCGAAUAGUAUAAUAUUGAAUCAUCCGGAAGAUGAUGAUAAUCGUAAACGUUUUAUUUAUGAUCGUAUUUUUUGGUCACAUGAUGGAUUUACUGAAGCACAGAAUGGUCUAUUUGUGGCCGAUAAUAAUCAUCCGGAUGGUGAAAUUUAUGCCGAUCAACAAUGUAUAUUUCAAACAUUAGCAUUACCAUUGCUCAAUAAUGCAUGGCGUGGUUAUAAUGUAUCAUUAUUUUGUUAUGGUCAAACUGGUUCCGGAAAAUCAUAUACAAUGGUUGGCCUAGGCGCCAACAAAGGAUUAGUGCCAAGAAUUUGUGAAGAAUUAUUCAAUAUUAUUGAUAAUCGUAAAGGAAUGGAUAUUAAUACUGAAGUAAAUUUGUCCAUGAUAGAAUUAUAUUCAGAAAAUGUACGUGAUCUUCUUGAUACUGAAUAUAAUGUGAAAAAGAAAGGAUUAAAAAUUCGUGAACAUCCUGUAAAAGGUUUUUUCGCUGAAGGCCUAAUACGUUGUACGGUUUUAUCGCAGAAAGAAAUUCUGGAAAAAUUUGAACAAGGUGUCACUAAUCGUAGUAUAUCGGCAACAAAUAUGAAUGAAACAUCAUCACGAUCACAUAUGAUAAUCACAAUAACAUUGAGUCAACGUUCAAUCAAUUCGAAUGGCAAUGAAGAGACGAAAACAUCUGUAAUAAAUCUUGUCGAUCUAGCUGGAAGUGAACGACUAUCUGAUUUAGCUGGUGGACGAAAUUCCGUUACUGGUGAUCGAUUCCGUGAAUCUGUUGCCAUUAAUCAGUCAUUGUCAUGUUUAGGCAAUUGUAUACAUGCAUUGGCUGAAAAAGCAAAUGGUCGUAAUGUUAAAGUACCAUAUCGUGAAUCAGUGUUAACACGAUUAUUAAUGAAUGCAUUGGGUGGUAACAGUAAAACGGCAAUGAUUGCCAAUAUUAGCCCAGCUGAUAUCAACUAUGAUGAAACAUUAUCAACAUUACGUUAUGCCGAUCGAGCGAAACAGAUACAGAAUUUUGCCAAAAUCAACAUUGAUAAUACUGAUAAGAUUAUCAGAGAUCUUAAAGAAGAGAAUGAAAAAUUGAAAAAAUUAUUGGAAAAAGAAUCGACAGUAGCAGCAGCAGCAGCGGCUGCUGCUUCGGCUGCCGUGGCCACCAAUACUGCCUCAACAACAUUGUCCAAAUCACCAUCACAGUCCUUUUACGAUGAUGAUAAUAAAUUGAAAUUAGAAGAAGAAAUUGAAGCCAUUAUGAAGGAAAAUGAAAGAAAAUUAAAUGCAUUACGACAAUCAUAUGAAGAACGUUUACAACAGGAACGACAAGAACGUUCACAUAAAGAGCUUGAAGAAAAUCGUAAACAAAUUGAACUUGAAAAACAGCAAAAAGAAAUGAAUCCACAUUUGUCCAAUCUGAAUUUCGAUGAACAACUUGUAGAUAAAAUUAUUUUCAUUAUUAAAACUGGCACAAAUUUGAUUGGCAAAGGCGGUGAUUGUCCAAUACAAUUGAUGGGUCCAUUGAUACAGGAUCAUCAUGCUGUUAUUAAUCGUACGGAAAAUGAAAAAAUCAUAUUGGAACGUAUCGAUGAUGAAUGUCGUAUCCUAUUGAAUGGUGAUCUAGUCACACAUAAAGUCAAUUUAGCACAUAAUGAUAGGUUAUUAUUCGGUACAUCACAAUUGUUUGUAUUCAGGAAUCCUCUUGAUAGUUUGCAUGGAAAUUCCAUAUUGAAUGUAACAUAUGAAUUAGCACAAGAAGAAAUAGCAUCAAAAGCUGGCUAUAAUUUUAACAACGAUGAUAACUCAAUUGAACAGGAAUUGUUGAAUAAAGAACUAUUAGAAUUGAUUCCAGCUGUUGAGGAGGCAAAUGCCAUUAGUGAAGAAUUGGAAAAAAUGGUCCAUUUUGAAAAUGUACUUGUAUCGCCAAUAUUUUUAGGGAAAAUUGGCCGUAAACCUGAACCAUAUGUACACGUGAUGAAUUCGAAUACAGGUCAAGAAUUUCUUUGGAAUAAAGAAAAAUUUCUAGAUCGAAUGUAUUUUAUGAAACAAAUGUAUCAUUGUUAUGAAACUGGUGAAGAAGAAUGGGAUGUUCCAUUGGAAGAAGAUCCAUUUACAGAAAAUCUUGAUGCUGAAUGUUUAAUUGGUACCGCACAAUUAUAUUUACAACCACUUGCCUAUAUGAUUGAAAUAAAAGAACAUCUUUCUGUCAAUGAUUUUACUGGCCAAGAAAUUGGUGUUAUCAAUGUUGAAAUAAUACCAUGUGAUGAGAAUGGCCAAGAAUAUGUUGAACAAGAUGAUGUUUAUGUGGAUACACCACAAGAAUUGUUAGGAAAAUCAUUGAAUUUUAUUAUCAAAAUAAUAGGCUGCCGUGGAUUGCCAAAUAAAUUUACUGAAAUAUAUUUAAAAUAUUUAAUGUUUGUCGAUGAAAAUUAUUCCAUUUCGGAUAAAGUUGGCGUAACGGUCAAUCCGAAUUUUAAUUUUAAAAAAUUAUUCCAUUAUAGUCAUGUAACACAGCCAUUAAUCGAUUAUUUGAAAGAAGGAAUACUCAAUAUUGAAAUAUGGGGUAGACAGCUGCUUAAAUCUGGCUAUAUGAUACCACCACCAAUGUCUAAUGUACCAUAUACUACAAUAAAUAAUGGUCGUAAUAAUAAUAAUAAUAAUAAUCAUCAUCAACAUCAUCAUGAAACAGGAAAAGAAUUACUACAAGAAGAACUAGCUAAAGCCGGUUCAGAAUUGAUGAAUGGUUUUAAAAUGAAUGGACGGGUCAUCGAUCCAAAUAAACAGAGUAUUAUUGUUGAACUACUGUUGUUGAAAAAACAGCAGGCACGAAUGCAUCAAAGAAUUAAUAAUAUUAAAAAAUUGAUUGAAAUUGCAGAAAAACAACAUCUUCGACUAAUACCCGUAAACAUAUUAAAGGAAUUGAUUUUUACAACUUCAGCCGAUUCGGCAGAUGAUAUUCUUUCACGAAUGUUGAAUAAUGAUUAUCAAAUGAUGAAAAGCAAUGCAAACCAAUCGACUACAUGUAGAAUAUCUUGAAAUAUUUACGAAUAACAAUUCCAGAAGAGCACAAAUAUCAUCAUCAUCAUCAUCAUGUGUUUUGAAUCUUUAUUUAUUUAUUUUUUUUUUUUGUUUUGGAAAAUAAAAACAAGAAAAUUAAUACCAAGAAAUAAUAAUAAUAAAUACAAAUAUAAAGACACUACUUACGAAACAAACUUGGAGCUGAAAAAAAAUUUUUUUUCCUGAAAAUUCUGAGCUUUUUUUUUUGACAACAACAACAACAACAAAAAAAGAAUACAGAAUUGACUUAUCAAAUUGUCCAACAACAACAACAACAACAACAGAAAAAAAGAGAUGAAGAUUCGAACAUCCAAUGAACCAACAUGAUUAUGUCUUUGAUAAAAUCAAAACAACAACAACACCACCAAG